AUGGUUUAUGGCAGUAUCAAUGUCAUGGAGGAGCCAACUUUGGACGAAAUGCUGGAGGCCCAUUCAUUACAAGUUUACAACCACAGUUAUGACUAUGAUGCUCCCAUUAAUGAAUAUGGAGAAGCAAUGGAUUUGGUCUCUCCAAAAGGAGGGUCAUCAGUUGAUUGGUUCCGAGGCUCACUAGCUACCCGAACCAAACAGACGUUGAAAUGGUAUAAGGUAAGGAUUUCAAGGUACCAUGUUCCUGGGUCCUGGUUAAAGCCAACACAAAAUCUGGUGGUAGUGGUUGAGGAACUCGGUGGGGAUCCAUCAAAGAUAACCCUGGUGAAGAGAUUAGUGACGGGGGUUUGUGCUGAUUUACAAGUACACCACCCAAACGCUGAAAAUUUUGAUAUCGACACAGCCAUGAAGAAUCGAAAACGCUUCAUCAGGCCCAGGUUCAUCUGCAGUGUUUGCCAGGGCAGUCUAUCUCAAGCAUUAAGUUUGCAAGUAUUGGAACUCCUACCUACUAACUUGUGGGAGUUUCCAGCUAGAAACGUGUCAUGCAACCAACUCUCAUGCCAUUGUGGAGUGAACUACAAUCUUUUCACCUAUCGUACUUGUAUAGUGAACUCGCAGAUGCAUAUUCUUUUGAUAAAUACAGAUUUAUUAAUAUCCCUUUACGUGUUUAGUAGAAUUGUAUCGGCCGUGAGAGUUGCUUAG